UUGUCAAAAUGGGUAAUAACGUGAAUUAGUACCUAAUUAAAUUGUAACGUGUAAUUACUUUGUAGUAUGUACGUAUUAAUUUGUAUUUCAUUGAAUAACGGCGGUUAAUAUAGCGAUUGAGGCUUAUGACAACAACAUACAAGUCACAUGCACAAAGAUACCCAGACUCAGAACAAGUACUCACACACAAGAUGUAACCUUGUGUAUGAGUAAAAAAACAAACAAACAAAUGCUUGUUCAACACGAGGAUCGAACCCGCGACACGUCGCUUCUAGUUGAUUUUUGGUGACCUCAGCUAGGUACUAGGUUAUCCUUCAAACUUCCGCAUAGGUAUCUAUGUAUUUGGGAGUUAACUAUGUUACAUUACAUCUAUUGGUUUAGUAGCACCGAUAAUAUUAAUCAUUUCAUGUACGGAUCAGCUGUCAAGAAUCCAUCGGUAAUCCAUGAAAGCUUAGUUUAAACAGAAUCUAUAAACGCUAAAUUAUUCAGAACAAGCACAUCUUAAAAGAUUAUUGAGCCGAAGAAACUGAACAUCUUAAUCCUCUGGCGAUUCAUUGAAUACAAAUUAUUCUGACUACAUUAAAUGUCGCUUGAUAAAAUGUAUGUCUUCAGAAAUAGGUUACCUUAUUUCUUGAAAGAAAUUCCUUUUCAUUUUUAAUAAUAACUUCUGCAGCAAGCAAUUUAAAUUUUGUGUCGCGGGGUUCAUAAACAUUCAAGUCACAUGCACAAAGACACCCAUGACCCAAGCACCCAAAACAAGCAUUCAAGCAUCAAAAAAAUGUCUUACAUUGUAAAAGCAUCAAAAAAAUGUCUUACGCGGGGAUCGAACUCGCCAUAUAUCGCGCUCAUUGGGUUUGUAGUGAUGGCAAACCACUCAGCUAUCCGUUAGCCAAUAAUUAAUUAACCUCUGAUAAUAUAAAAGACUCACAGACGAUAACAAUAACUUUAAUUGCACCUAAUGACGCAAACAAGAAAAAUGUCAAGAAUGAUUCAGCCCGUCUCGACCACAUAAAUGCCACUCCAGGUUCUAAAGCCAAGCACUUAAAGUGCCCGCAGUGAAAGAAGCCACUUGAAGGGAAAAAUUCCAGAUUUCACUAUGAAAUAUUUUCUGCUGGGCAAACGAUUCGCCGGUACUCAGUCAAUUGAUACAAUCUUGUUUCGCUUAUCUCGUCUUGUAUGGUCUAGCUGAAUAAGGGAUCUUUUAUUUUUUAUAUUCUAUAAUACAUAUUUUUAGUUAUUGAAGUAUUUUAAAAAUAAUCUGGGUUUCUGGUGGUGGAUAUUCCGAUUAAACUUUGAUCAAGUGGUUAAUGACAUUUCAUUAACUGUUGCAUUUUUGCGAGUAUUAAAAAGACUUAAAGGUUUUUCAGUGUUCUCUAUCGGCUAGACGAAUUUGAAUGAAACCUGAGUUUUGACAAAGGCUAACUUUGGCAGCGAUAACUUAAAGCCACAGGCUAAAGCAAGUAGAUUAUAAGUUUCACCUCGUAAAUUUUAAUCAAAAACAAAUUGGCUAAUUUUAUUUACCUUUAAGCCAAGUUCGGUAAAGUUUUGAGCAAUUAAUAUCAGUUUCUUUCGACUUGUUCAAAAGUUCUUCUGUAUUCUUUUAGAUAAAGGCAAAAACAUUUUAAUGAAAAUGAUCCGUACCUUCAUAAAAUUUAAGUUAAGAUUUUUUAUUGAAGCCGUAUGAGAGCACAAGCGUCCAUCAUGUUUCAAAGGCCAGACAAAUAUUGGAAAAUGUUGUUAGAGAAAGUAAAAACUUACGAGUACAAGUUGGUAUUAAUUACCGAGAUUUUAAAAAGAUGGAUAAUGAAUCUAAAGAGAUUCAAAGUAAUCUAGCUGUGUCUAUCUCCAUUCUGAAUGCUGAACAUUCUUACUGAUUAUUCGAAGGUGGAAGUCAUAAGUAAUGAUCCUCCAACAAAAAAAAUGGGACUUGAAGGCAUUUUUUUUAAACAAGAACGAACAAAAACUCGUACUCUAGGUACUUAGUAGGAGUGGGCUGGUGCCGUUGUUGGCAAACAUCGUCACCAACUAGGCGCCGGAGGACAGUAGGUGGUCAUCCAAGGCGAAGGCGAAGCUUUGUGGCUAGAGAUUGCUAAAAUAGGGAGGCUUGGUAGAAAAAAUAGGGAAGAAAUUUUGCUAACAAUGAGAAAAGAAUACGUAGGAUACGUAGUUUUUACCAAAAAACCUAUUAUAAUACUGCUCGAUUCCAAUCGCACCUUAAAAAUGCUUCUCAAAGUGCAGUUCUUCAAAAGUUUUUUGGUUUCGUGACUCAAAACAUUUGUUUGUUUGUCUGUUUUGUUAUGUGUCAACACUCCAUAACACUGCGAAAUACAACACUAGUGAAUAAACAAAAACUUUUAAACUACGUAAAUAUGUCACCUACUGGUAAAGCAUAAGUCAUGCUGUAAUCAACGAAACUAGCAUUUUGUACUGUAUUCAUAUGGGAUAAAGUUCACAUUUGAGUGUAUUUAUUAAGUUAUUAUUGUAACAGACAAUAUUUUCCUUAAAUACUCAUACUAGGACCUCAGUGUUUAGCAAAUAUGCUGGGAUUGACACGUUACGCAGGAGUUGUAUUGUUUUUCAUUUCUAACAGUUAAGUGCUCAAUUAGUGCUAAGUGUGUGCCAUUAAAGUGAAGAUACUCCACGAAAACGUAAAAUUCAGAAGCCGACAUGACAGGGUGUGUCAGUACUGUCAUAAUAUGGCUUAUGGGAACUACUAUUGUUAUCCUACUAAUAGCCUUAGUUAUUCUAUCAUUAGCGUUAUAUCUUAAUAUAAAGAAGAAACGAGUUUGUGGAAUUUAUGACGUUGGUCCAGGAGAAAAGAAUUUGGCAAAGGAAGAGUCUAUGGGACAGACACAGUACAAUCUUAAUGAUGGAUAUGACAGAGAUAGCUGCACGUUUAGUGUAAACAGCUCUGUAAUAGCAGACAUCAAUCGACAGCCUGAACCGCUACCAGCAACUCGCACAAAUGACACUAAAAUCAUUCCUACGAAAAAACCCUUCGGACGAAUGUCACCAAUAAUCCAACGGAGACAAAUGGAUGAAAUUUGCAGGGAAGUAUUAAAGAGAGUACAAAAAAGCGAUUCUGCUAGCUUUAGAGAUUUGAAUGCUCUCUUAAAUAUGAAAAACGAGGAAAAAGUAGAACCGAAAUCUGAAUUUCUAAAUGAACUGGAUAAAAAAUUGUUGAAUAGGCGUUCUUUCAAAAACGAAAACAGACAACAAAACAAACAACCAAUCAAGGAGGAGACAAAAUGUGAUGAAAGUAAAGACACAAGUAAUGAAAUUAAAUCCACUACUCAAGACGAAAAAGACAAAAUUAAAGAAGAAAGCAUUAAAAAAGAUCAAGAAAAAACUACCCCAGAAAACCUGUACAUGAAUCAACAAGGUGACGAAUAUAAGCCAAAAAUUGGGAAUGCUAUUAAAAUUGAAGUCCAAAACGUUGAUGACUAUGAAGACAGCGGUCCCGAAACAGAAUAUGAUACAGUACCUAGUCCAGUCCGAUUCAGAAAAUCUGCUAGCAUUGGCGAGGAAUUUGAUGUCGAUAGCAUACCUGUUUAUGAUCUGCCACCAAGAAGGAGUUGUGAAAUCCAAACAAAAAACGUUAUUCAUUUAGACACUGACACUCAAUACUUACUUCCAAUUUCAACAUCUCGGACAGAUUCUUGUUACAUAAACGCGAAAGGUCAAAAAGGAGAACGAGUAGAUACCUACAGACGAUCGGCAUCUAUGGAAAACCCUAAAAGAAAUUCUAAGAACAAUUUAUAACGAAAGCACUGAAUCGAAAAAUUCUACGAUCGUUCGGAAACUAAAGACAGUUAACGACUAAACAAACAAGAUUUAAAAACGUGAGAAGUCAUAAAGGAAUGUAAUAAAAUCUUUUCAUAGUCAUAAAGUUUGGUGGCUCCAGCUGUAGCGUUCUGAUUUUCAAUUAAUAAUAUCUGCUGUUUACUCAGAUUCGAAAAGAAUGAUAAGGAAUGGCCUUAAAUAGGACGCAGUACAGCCCCUAGACAAAUAUUAAUUUUGCAAGCGUAAACGCCAAUUCGCCUCGCUGAAAUAUGUGGAAGGUUUUUUUUUUCUCAAAACAAAGGAAUUGAUUUCUUGUGAUGUGAAGGGCUUUAUAAACAUUCAAGUCGCAUGUGCAAAGACGUUCUCAGAAAAAGCACUCGUGGUUCACGCGAAUGGGGAUGGAUUGCACCCACACGGGGAUCGAAACCGCGACUCGUUGCGCACAAUUUCGCGUGGUGGAUUCUUAUACAUUUGGGUAAUUCGAUCAAUAGUUUUAGAAAUUUAAUACCUGAUUUAGUGUUUUAAGGUACUAUUGCCGUCAAAUAUACGGAUUUGGUAUAUAAGCAAACUUCAAUAUAAACUAAAGAUUUUAAGUAUCGGCGAUAGGCUCUGCCCCGUGCACGAAUGCUAUUAAAAUCGUACAAACAGUACAAACUGAAAAUUGGUUAAAAUUUAAUUUUUGUACAAAAGUAUUAUUUAUGUUAGUAACGUAACGUGUGAUUAAUGGAUAAAUGUAUUUAAAUUUUAUGUUUUUGUGCAGGUUGUUUUUCUUGUGACUAUAAUACACUGAGAAAAUGCUGCAAAAAAGUGGUAUUUCGAUUUAGUUUACAAAUAAAUUACAAUUCUAACGUCAAAGUUACACACACUUUUACAUGAAACUACAUAAUUAAUAUUACCUAGUUAUUUGUAUCUCUGGUUUUUCCUUGUUGCUGUGUUUAUGGGAAAGGCAAUAACAUGAACAUUAAACUAUUUAUCUACAUGGUAAUUACAUUUUCC